AUGAAAGAUGCUGCUGGAGAGCCAAUAUUUAACCCUGGCUGUGCUAUUUUUGUCUGCAACCGCUGGGAUCUGGUGCCAGAGGACGCAAGGGAAAUAGCUGUGGAGAGGGUGUGUUCGGCAGUGAGUAGGAGCUGGCAAAUAGAUUCAUCAAAGCACAUAUUUACCCUUUCUGCUAAAAUGGCGUGGCAGCACAGUCAGACCGGGUGCAUGACUCACGAUUACAGGCGACUGGUCAGAGGCAUCAAGGGCCUGAUUCCAGUGAGUUUGCAAAGGAGGAUGGAACGCUUGCACAGAUGGGGUACACAUCUGACACAGCGCACCAUUGAUUCUGCGCAGCAGUAUAUUCAUGCUGCCAGCUUGACACGGGACGAGCUUGAGGCUCGGUACAAGGUUCAGGAAGGACGGUUGAGCAUACUUGAGAAUACGUCGAAAGAAUUUUUGUUUUAUCUUCAAGGCGACCUUCAGGAAGGAUAUAAAACCAUAACUGAUUCUCUCUCUAAAUAUCUUAGCAGCGAUCUUGUCUGUGCUCGCGUUACCUCUUGGACCAAUGCCGAAGCUCCUUAUGGGCCAGAUUGGAACUGUUUAGAAGGAAGAAUAAAAAAUGCCAUCUGUAAAAGAAUCAUGGAUGCCAUCAACUCUUGGGAAACGGAAACAAAACAAUUCGAAACUCUGAAGAAACAGUUGUUUAAGAAAUUCACUGAGAAAUUCCAGUUAAUUAAAUCUGAGCUGAGCAUGAUUGAAAAUAUGUUUGAUAGGUCCUUGGGAACAGAUUCUAGGGAAAAUGGAAAUGUAGCAACGUAUAUGCCAUUGCAAGACAUAACGGGCUAUGCUAUCAACAAAAUGCCAACAACAGAAUUAAGCUUGGGUGAAAAAAUUGCGUUUGGUUUGCUUUCGCCAGUUAUUGUACCUCUUGGUGCAUUGGCAUUUCUUUUUGUUGGCCCAAAAAAGAUAGAGGAGCACUUAAUCUUAAAACAAUAUGAGCAGAACAAAUGUGAAUUUCUUCGAGAAAGAUCAUUCGAGGUUUUGAAAAUAAUGGCGAAGCACGAUGUUACAAAAUCUUAUGUCGAUGCUCAACUCCAAGAGGCCAGGGAUCAUCUACAGUUGAUGCGUGAGUCCAUUCCACAGCUUAUAUCUUCUACACGAAACUACAUGCAGACCAUUAAAAAAGACCAACGGUCUAAGGAGAAGCUCAUCGCCACCUAUGCCCCUGUUGUCAAGCAGUUCACGACAGUUAACCAUGCGCUGGAAGAUUUUGCUAUAAGACAUCUUUUCUUGUAUUUUAAUGAGACAGAUGUGGAAGCAGACAUCAGCCCGUCCGAAGGACACACAUCAUACCAAGGCAACUGGACCGAAGUUUUCCCUGCCAUCUUUAAAUCUUCAAAAGAUCAACCCUGCAAAAUUACUGUCAAGCGCUAUAAAGGGACUGCAAAAAGCAAGCAAGUUAGAGAGGAAAUAGUUGAAAUGAGGAAACUGAAGCAACAGAAGAUUGGAUUUGUGCCCACCGUACUGGGUACUUACAUCGACCCGACAACUGAACUGCCAGCUCUUAUCAUGACCCCGCGUCUGACCAGUUUGAGGGUCCUCAGCAGUGACAAGGGCACAACUACAGUCCACCGUGGUCAGCUGGUCCAUUAUUUACUCAAGGAACCGAUAGCCUAUCUAAUCCAACUGGCGGACGCCUUGGCCUACCUGCACCAAAAUGACCUCGUCUGUUUGGAUUUGUCUAUGGAUACAGUUAUGAUUACCACUGGAAAUGAUAGAAUCGUGACGUUGGUGAACAUCAGCGAGCCGGUCACCAUGACACCCCCAGACCCCAACUCCCCCAUAGGGUCUAUGGUUUGUCUUCCCUUCAGCGUACUCGAUGGCACCAAACCUUACGAUGCAGAUGCCAACAUCUACGCCCUUGGGCUCAUGAUGUGGGAGAUAUGGCAUAAUGAACUUGUGUACAAAAUCCACAGAGAUCUUUCAGUUAAAGUCUUCAGUGCUGGCAUCAGCCAGGGCACAUUUCCCCUGGAGUUUGAAACCGGGAAAAUGAAGCCAGCCUUGGAGGCAUAUUGGGAGAAGACCAUGAGGGCCUGUCUCUCGGGGGAAAUCGCCAUUAAAGACUGGAAAGAUCAACUGUCCCUCAUUCAGAAGAUGUUAAACCGAAAUGAAUCAACUGUCUGA